AUGAUCUGCUGUCAAUGGGAGAACAUUCUUUUUUUCAAUGCCUACAGCCACUACAACAAAAAUCAACCUUGGGACGACGAAGUUGGCGACUACUACGACGAAGUUAGUGACGACGACAACAAGGACUACGACUACGAUGGCAAAGACAACUAUGACCACUACCCAUGCCCCAACAACUACAACAAAAUCAACAACACUAUUAUUGAGCUCAACGGGACUCUCGUCGGUAACGAUGGUCCAAUUUUGUGGAAUGGUCACUUGAAGGACAAGAACAGCAAGGAGUUCAACGAUUUAGAAAAAACAAUGUGCCAAAAUAUCAAACAAUCUCUGAAGGAAUAUGCUUCAAGCAUUGAAACCUGUCGUCUGGAGACAGCGGAGAAGACGAACUCCGUACCACCGGGAAUUUCGGCUAGAUUCGUGAUCGGUUUCAAUGAGGAAAUCGAUGUGAACUUGGCUACAGUGAAACGUGAAGUUGAAGGGAUGGACAACGGAAUACGUUUCACACCACCAGUACAACUCCAAAAGAGAGGUGAGUAA